AGAGGCGCCAUAUUGGCGUCGGCCGCGCCGUAUUGUCAUAAAUAGAGCCGGUUUUGUGGUGUUUUCACUACUCGGUUGGAUGCCUCGGUCAUAGUAAGUGGGUGAGUGAGCGAGCCAGUGAGCUGCAGCAAGCCACCAGAGGAAAGCAAACAGAGGGAGAAAGGAAGAGCAGGAACGGGAAAGACUCCAGAGUGAAAGACACUCGCCGGGAGGGAGGCGCAGGAAGCGAUGAAAGAGAUGUCUGCAAACACCAUGCUGGACAGCCAGCAAAAACAAAAACAUUAUGGAAUUACCUCUCCAAUUAGUUUAGCAUGUCCGAAAGAAAUUGAUCAUAUUUAUACGCAGAAAUUAAUCGAUGCCAUGAAACCAUUUGGAGUGUUUGAAGAUGAAGAAGAAUUGAAUCACAGGCUGGUUGUUCUUGGCAAAUUGAACAAUUUAGUAAAAGAGUGGAUUUCAGAUAUCAGUGAGAGCAAGAAUCUUCCUCCUUCUGUUGUGGCUACUGUUGGUGGUAAAAUUUUCACAUUUGGAUCAUACAGACUUGGAGUACACACCAAAGGAGCUGACAUUGAUGCACUUUGUGUAGCUCCACGACAUGUAGAGAGAUCUGACUUUUUUCAGUCUUUCUUCGAAAAAUUGAAACACCAAGAUGGCAUUAGAAACUUAAGAGUAAGUAUUUUUUUGGCAUUCAAUUGUGUGUUAAUGUUUUUCUUUUUUCUUGUCUCUUCAAAGAUUGAUCUAGUCUUUGCAAGACUCGCAAUACAAACUAUAUCAGAUAACUUAGAUCUAAGAGAUGACUCUCGCCUGAGAAGCCUUGAUAUAAGAUGUAUUCGCAGUUUAAAUGGAUGUAGAGUUACUGAUGAAAUUUUGCAUCUAGUGCCAAAUAAAGAAACUUUUAGACUCACCCUAAGGGCAGUCAAAUUAUGGGCAAAACGACGUGGUAUUUAUUCCAACAUGCUAGGAUUCCUUGGUGGUGUCUCCUGGGCGAUGCUAGUUGCAAGAACUUGCCAACUAUAUCCAAAUGCAGCAGCCUCUACAUUAGUUCAUAAGUUUUUUUUAGUCUUUUCCAAAUGGGAAUGGCCAAAUCCUGUGCUAUUGAAACAACCAGAAGAAAGCAAUUUGAAUUUGCCGGUCUGGGAUCCCCGGGUAAAUCCAUCAGAUAGAUACCAUCUCAUGCCCAUAAUCACCCCUGCAUACCCACAGCAGAAUUCUACAUAUAAUGUGUCCACAUCAACUCGAACAGUAAUGGUAGAAGAAUUUAAACAAGGUCUUGCAGUUACUGAUGAAAUUCUUCAAGGGAAAUCUGAUUGGUCUAAACUACUGGAGCCACCAAAUUUCUUUCAAAAGUACAGACAUUAUAUAGUAUUGACUGCCAGUGCAUCAACAGAAGAAAACCAUCUAGAAUGGGUUGGAUUAGUAGAAUCUAAAAUCCGUGUACUUGUUGGAAACUUGGAACGGAAUGAAUUUAUUACUCUUGCCCAUGUGAAUCCCCAGUCAUUCCCAGGGAAUAAAGAACAUCAUAAAGACAACAAUUUCGUAUCAAUGUGGUUCCUUGGGAUAAUUUUUCGAAGAGUAGAAAAUGCAGAAAGUGUUAAUAUAGACUUGACAUAUGAUAUACAGUCAUUUACUGAUACAGUGUACAGACAGGCGAACAAUAUAAACAUGCUGAAGGACGGAAUGAAAAUUGAAGCAACUCAUGUAAAGAAAAAACAACUUCAUCACUACCUUCCAGCAGAAAUUCUUCAGAAAAAGAAAAAGCAAAGUCUCUCUGAUGUCAGCCGAAGCUCAGGUGGACUUCAGUCUAAAAGAUCAUCUCUAGACAGCAAGUGUCUGGACAGCUCCCGAGACACAGACAGUGGAACUCCUUUUAAUUCCCCAGUGUCUGCGAACAAACCGAAGCCUGAAAGUCCUCCUGUAGGAGAAACAGAAAGGAAUAGUGCUGAGCCUGCUACUGUAACAGCAGAGAAGCCACUGAGUGUCCCACCAGCUCAAGGACUGUCUAUUCCAGUAAUCGGUGCGAAGGUUGACUCUACAGUAAAAGCUGUAUCUCCCCCAGCUGUGUGCACCAUUCCUACUGUCGUAGGGAGAAAUGUCAUUCCUAGAAUAACAACCCCCCACAACCCUGCCCAGGGACAACCACAUCUAAAUGGAAUAUCAAAUCUGACCAAGAAUGUUACAGCCAAAAGAUCUCAUUCCCCAUCCAUAGAUGGGACAUCUAAAAGAUUGAAAGAUAUAGAAAAGUUUAUUCGGCUUGAGUCAGCAUUUAAGGACUCCCGCACUACUGAAGACAGAAAAAGAAAAUCAAUGGAUGCCGUUGGAGGAGAAUCUAUGCCUAUUCCAACUAUUGAUACAUCACGUAAAAAGAGAUUGCCCAGUAAAGAACUACCAGAUUCAUCUUCUCCAGUACCAGCAAACAACAUUCGUGUCAUCAAAAAUUCCAUUCGACUGACCCUUAAUCGAUAAAAGCAGUGCCUCCUCACUGAAGUGAACAUGCAAUCAUAUAGUGGCAGAGAUGCAGCCACUCUUCCAAAUAGAAGCGGCUGCCAUACAUAACAUAGGUGACAUUACAGUCAUCAGCCUAACAACGUUGAAGUGGUUUUCAAACUCACACUUUGACCUGUGGAUGCUGCAGCAUUCGCUCACUGAUUGCCACAUCCACUCCUGAGGAUCACCUGCUAUCAAAUUGCCAUCUACAGUAUUAAUGGCUUUGCAUUUGGAGGUUUUACUGCCUUAACUUUAAGUAUUGUAUUUCUCUAUUAUGGGAACCGGUUCUUAGCCACUUGGACAUUGACAGAACAAGUCUUGAACUUUUUUUGUCUAUGUGUGUUAGUCUUAUGUUGUAAUUAAUCAUUGUAUAGAGUUGAAAAAGUUGAAAACAAAAAAAAAGUCAUGUAAUUUUUCAGAUGUUUAUGUAUUUACUUUAGCAUUGAAGUCACUUUGUAAAACCUGAGAUAAAUGAAUGUGAGACAUCUUUUUCUGCUUUUUUUCAUUGUGUAGAUGUACUGUCAGUUCUGUUGAUUUAAAUUAUUUUUUUUUCCAGAUUGGCACAUGGAAUGUUUAAAUUUUAAUUUUUUGUGCCUUUCUGUCCAAAUGUCGCAUAACUACCAGGGAGGAUUAGUCCAGUGAUUACAUAAGAGUUGGGCACCAUAAAUUCUCUAUAUUUUGCCUCCUAUGGAGGCCUUUGAAAUGCAUCUUUAUUAAAAAAUCAAAAUAUAACCAGGAUACUGAAAGUCAGUAUAUGAAUGGUGAAAUUAUUACAUGUCCUACUGUUUCAUGCCAUUCUUGUUAGUUGACUGGUAUUUUUUACUGAGGAAUAACUCAUCCCACCAUCAACAAUAAGAUACCUUUAAGUAUGAGCAAACUUGUAUUUUUGAGGUGUAAAAUUAACUCGGCAUGAUAAUCCCUGCCCGUAACCCCACAACUUCAAAACAGUUUCUUCACGGACUAGGCAUGCAGAAAUAGCAGUGGAUUUUAUUAAAACCUAAAGGCAUUUUUGAAUGACAUUGUUACCAACCAUUAAUUGGCUCAGGACCUUUGUAAUUUUUAUUUAACAGUAUGAGUUGUCUUUUUUUACACUGCUUUUUUCAAUGCAUUUCUUAAUAUUUUUUAAGUUUCAUGAACGCAUGCUGAGUUUAUUAAAAUCCAUAACCAUGUAAUUCUUGUAAUAUGUUGAUUCAGUGUUUUGUAAAUGAAGUCGUAUGUAUUUUCAGAGUAUUUUUGUAUGUACUGUAAGAUACCAUCUUUUCAAAGAGAAACCUUUAAAAACCUUCACUGUCUCUAAUUUUUUGAGUGUGGAUUGUGUUUGAAUGAUUACAUUUAAGAUGAAAAAAUGUGUAUGAAGGUUGCACAGUCAGGAACACCAAUAGAUAUACCCUCUUCAGCUCUCACUCAGCAUUUAGUUGGUCUAGUAGGGCAAACACUGAUACACUGAAUAUUGAGAAUCAGUAAAUUGUUUUUACAAGAUGCCACUCAUAAGAUGCCACCUAGUCAGUGAAAAAAAUAACAGUUCAUUUUUACAUGUAAGCCCUUUGCCAUUGAGUUUACAUUCUUGAAUUAAAGAUUGUCAGAGCAGUAUCCUUUUCCUACUCGUUUUCCUUGGCCCACAGGUAUAAAGUGCACAUUCUAAUGUUUAACAUGUACAAAGGAAAACGAAGGAAAA